AACCGCUGAAUCCGACCUAACUGAUAAUUAUUUGCUUCCAGCGCCGUCUGAUAGUACGGUGUGCCGGAGAGCCGGGUCGACGGUCAGCAUCAGUGUGCUUCGAACGCUUCCAGCUGUAUGAUGAGAUGCCAGCGAGCAACAGUUCUAGUGGUGGUGUUACAAGUAGUUCUUACCCGGUUAGUGCAUUCUACGUUAGCGGUAGAACAGAAUGAGCUGCCGGCACUGUAUGAGCUAGAGGAUUGGCGCGAGUGUGAGAUAGCCCCGGAGCAAGACUGGUACUGUGUAGUGCGUGUGCUACUCACAAGGGAGGACGCAGUGGAGUGCCUGAAAGUGAAUGAUGUAAAACGGUUCCGUAGGACACUUCUCGAUAGGGGCAUCUGUUUGUCACACGCCCAAAGGACUGUGGAAGUUGAAACAAUGCCAGUGAGUGUGAAAUUUCCCUCCAAAUGCUGGAAUGUGUCCGAUCGCUACAUACUCAACCGAUCGUACUUCCCGCCGGCGAUGCACCCGGAUGUACGGACGGAGCUGGUAGCAAGCGAGCUGAUUAAUAGCCGGCUAAUAGCUCGCUACCCCCAUCUACGGGCGUACAGUGAGAUAGAAUACUGCCUGCAAAGUGAUCCAAAACCAGUGUACGAGCAAGCGUUAGGCGUUACGCUAGCUGUAACGCUUGUACUUGCUGCCGUUCUAGCGCUAAACGCACGCCGUUGGAUCUUACCAAAGUGUUCGCCUGCAAAGUCAACCCAACCGAUCAAGCAGAUCGUGCUGUUCGAUCUGUACAAAUGCUUCGGUGCGGUUGGUGUGGUUCUGGCACAUUGCUGCCUGUUCGGGUCCUUUCUAAUGCCAAUGAAAAACAUUGAGUUGCUGGAGGAGGUAAUUGCACAUCCGUAUGCAAAAUUCUGGCGCCUCUUCUGUCCCUUUCUCAUGCUGGCGUUCUUCGUGAUGAGCUCGAUGCUGCUGACGGUCAAGCUAUUGCACGGUGACCCAUCGAAACGACCCACACUCGGUGCAAUCAUUAGCCACCGGCUGAUAAGACUGAUGCCCGUGAAUCUGCUCAUGGUCGCGUUCGGUGCGCUCGUGUACGAUCGCUUCGCCGGCGGUGGGCCCCUCCUUUCGCGCCAGCUGAUCGUCGAGCAGGGCUUUUGCCGAUCGUACUGGUGGAUGAACGUGCUGUUCAUUUCGAACUUCAACAUGCAACGGCCGGUAAAAUGACCUUAACGCUCGUGUGCGCGCGCGUGUGUGUAGUUGUGAGAUGUUUGCGAUCUCUUUUUGUGUUGUUGUUCAUUUACAGUGCUUGCCCGACUCGUGGUACGUUAGUGCCGAUAUGCAGCUGUACGUUGUGAUCGCACUUGCACUUCAAAUUAUGUUUAGGUAGUUUUGUAGUAAAUCGAAAAUAGAAUGGACAUGAAUUAACGUAAAACAAUCCAUUUUCAGAUUUCCAAAGCACAACGGUGCAAUUCUUGCACUCCUAACAGUGUGUUCCUUUCUCGGACCAUUUCUUACCAUCUUUUACACCGACUUUGACCCGGUAGGACCUUCCAGCCUGCAUGAAAUGCGUUUCUUCCUGCUCGGCAGCCGCUUUAUGUCGCAGCUUUACACACCUUUCUACAACAAUCUUUCCUGGAGCGUAGCUGGCUUAAUGGCUGGGAUCGUGUACGAUCGCUAUCAGCGCAUUGGUGACAGCGCUAAGAAGCAGAAGCAGCUGUUACACUACAUAACUCUUACCAUAAAGAUAUCGUUCGUAAUGCUCGUCGUAAUGAUAUACGCGACGAUCGUUGCUUCGAACGAAGAAUCGCAGCCAAGCACGCGAUGGUGGUUAGCACUCUGCUAUUCAGCGUACAAACUCUCCGGAGCAUGCUUUAUUAGUGCUUCAUUUUUGCGCAUUUCACUCACAGAGAGAGGUAUGAUUGAAAACGUAUAUUAAGGGUACUUUUAUAUUAAAUUCAAUUUCAACUUUAUUUUAGCAACAAAUUUCAACAUUCCACGGGUGGUGCGCAUUGGUGCAGCGCUCUACUAUUGCAUUUACUUUACACAUUUCCCAAUCAUGCGCAUCGUUUAUAGUAGCGCAGUAGAGACAAUCAUCACGCCAUGGUUUUUGGUAAAAUGAAUAUGGUUUGGCAUUUGAAAGCAUAGCCAAAAGCUAAUGCAAUUCUGUAUUUUAGAUUCGAAAAGCAGUAAAGGUGUUUGGAAUUACGUACGUACUGUCCGUUGUACUGCAUUACACCUAUGAAAACACGGCAAUCAAGUGGCUGCAGUGGAUAUUCUUUGGUAGAAAACGAUGACUGACGGCAUUCUCAAGGCACAAGCGGAAACUAGCUUGCGAAUCGUUUAAGAACACACAUUUCUUUUCAGAAUUGUAAAGACAUAUCAAAUCAAUGUGAUUGUAGAGAGAAAAGGGCUUAAAAAAGGACUUAUAGACGUAAAACACAUAAAAAGAAAUAUGUUGUUCUGUUGCUAUGAGCAAAACAGCAAACAGGUAGAACAGACCGACCAAAAACUAUAAUACUAAAUGUCGACUAAAUAGCUUUCUAUGGGAUUUAAUGCUGUGCUUAAUCGAUUUAACAGCUGGGAAAUAAAACGAUGGGUAGUGUAUGUGACGAAAGUAUAAUGGGUAAUAUUUUAAAUGUAUGGUUGUUAUUCUAUACAAGAUCGUUUAUUUCAAGAUAAAAUAAACUAUAAUUUACA